CAGGCGUCUCGGCUCCGUGGGUGGCGCGGCGCGCGCGCGCGCCGCCCGUGCGGCGCCGUCUGGCGCGGGGCCCCACGGAUGGCCGAGGGCCUGCCCCGGGGCGCCUCCUGCCACUAUUCCGCGGCGUGGGCGUCCGCGGCGGCCGCAGGGCAGCUGCUCGAGACGGGCGGCGCUGGCGGCGACGAUCUGCGGCUCGGCCUGGAGCUCGCGCUGCAGGGCUGCCUCCAACAGCUGCGGGCGCUGCGGGCCGCGAGGUGCCGCGCCGCGGCCGGGCAAGGCGGUCCUGGGGCACCGUCGGCGAGCGCCGCGGCCUACGCCGCCGAGGAGCAGGCGCUCAAACUCUCCGUCUCCGGCAUCGUGCAGCAGCUCCAGGCGUACCGCGAGGCCCGCAAGGAGCACACCCACGAGCUCCUGCUGGCCGUCGUGCCCCAGAUUCUCCAGCUGCUCCCCACCGUCGCGGCGCUGCGCUUCUCCGCCGCCAGCGCCGGGCUCCGCGCCGCGGGCGUGUCCCAGGGCUGCGGGGCACGGUUGGUGCCGCACCUGGACGCGGCGCCCGCCUGUCCGCGGGCGUUGCGGCGGUUUCUCGGCGAAGUGGCGCUCGGCUCCGUCCGCUCCCUGGCGCUGCCCGCGCCUGCCCUGGACUGGGCGCUGGCCGAGGA